CGAGCGAGGCAAGGGCGGAAGCCAAGUUGGAAGCAUGGCAGAGACGACGGGACGAGUCGGCGACCCACGACCUGCGCUCAACACGACAGGCCGCAGCUUUGAGGGUGUCGGCGAGGUGUGGAUCCCUGUCUCGCAAGCAAAGGGCGAGCUGGCGUGGCGGGAGGAGCUCGUCUCGGGCCUCAUCGUUGAAUCGCGCAUCGAAGCCAAAGUGGCGGCAUCGGCUGCAGCAGCCGGUCACGGCGUCUCGGCGCCGCCGCUCAUCUUUUUUACUCGGCAGUGGUUCGAGUAUGGCCUGGCUCUGACCCAAGAUCGCGACGGGACGGACUCUGGCUUGGGCUCCGACAUCGGCCGACCGACAGGUCUGGUCGAGGCGAUGGCUAGUGAGACCGAGGACUUUGUUGCCUUUGUGGACGCGGUGAUCAAUGUGCUCGAAGUCGAUCUGGGCCUUGUUGACUACCACUGGCAGCUGUUGCUGUUCAAGCAUGCUGUGCGGGGCAAGAAGUCGCCCAUCCGUGCGCACGGCGUUCGAGUGUACUACGGCAACGUCGACCGCGACGGCCCAUACAACUCGGGCCUCACCUGCCUCUCGUGCGAGACCGCGAGUGUCGAGGCGAGGCAGUCAUUUGUGACCGACAACGAGGAGGCGUGCAUGUGGCUGGACGCAAAAGGCCGGCCGAUGUGGGUGGUGACGCCGCGGCGGCACGUCGACGCGCUCUCCGAGUGCACGGCAGCCGAAAAGAUGGCGAUAUUUCAGCUGGCGGCGACAGGGCUUGGCGCGUCAGUGGCGGCCGCCAUGGCCAAGGAGCCGGCCGGUUUUCGGUUCUCGACGCUCAAACUCAACCACGGAACGUACCGCAAUUGGGAGCACCUCCACCUCAAGAUCUCGCUCCACGGCUCAAACUGGCGGCAGGUGGCGGAGGCGGUGGCAGCGAGCCUCCCCGGCGAGCGCACUGAUCUCCUCGACCGACUCGACACGCUGCGGGCCGAGGCGGCGGCGCGCAAGGCGGCGCGCAAGGGCUGGAAACGGUGA